AUGGCGACUGCUCGCAUCGCCGUGCUGACGGCGGUGUUUUCGCGGAAGCUGAGCGCGCAGGUGGACAAGGCGGUGCCGUGCGACGUGCGCGACGCGCGGCUCGUCGACGCGCGCGUCCAUGAGCAGGCAGCGCCGGACGACGCUGCCGCGUGCGCAUCGCGAGCGCUGCACGUGAGCUCUAAAUCGGUGGCUCACCCUCGCGUGGUUCUGCCGCGGCCGUCGUCGUCCCUUGCGGCGGUCUGCAAGACGGACUCUCGCGCCAUAGUGGCCACUCUUGGAACUCCCGCCGCCGGCGGCAUGCGCGAGGCGCACCACUCCUUGCCGGCGAAUGGAGCCGCUCACUUACCUCCCCCCAACGGCGUCGCGCCUCUCUCGCACGAUUCAAGCGGCGCGUCGAGCAGGUUAGAUCAGCGGGCGCGGUGGACGAAGCGGAAGAGCCGGCAGACGCCGCGGCAGGCGGCGUGGACGGCGGAGCAGGUGCGCGAGAGGGAGCGGCGGAUCGUGGAGGAGGUGGCGCGCGUGCCGGAGGGGCGGAGCGUGGCGGCCGUGCUGGACGCGUGGGCGGGGCGCGCGACGCGCGUGGAGAUGUCGAGCGUCGUGAAGGAGCUCGGCGCGCAGCGCAAGGCGCGGCGGUCGCUGGAGGUGUUCGAGUGGAUGGACGCGCAGCGCGGGCGGAUGCGGCCCAACGGGCACACGUACACGCUCAUGCUCGGCAUCCUCGGCAGGGCGGGCAUGGUGGAGGAGGCGGAGGUGCUGUUCGCGCGGUUCCGCGCGGCGGCGUUCCGCGACAAGGUGCACGGCUUCAACGCCAUGCUGCACGCCUGGCUCUCGCACGGCCACCCGCAACGCGCCUGGACGCUCUUCCACCUCAUGCAGCAGCAGCAGCAGCAACAGCAGCAGCAGCAGCAACAAGAAUUGGCCGCCAAUGGCGGUGCCAGCGCGUCCGUCCCCACCGCCGGUCCCCUCGACUCCUCACCCCGCAAGCUCCCCACCCACGUCGCGUCAGAUGCGUCCCCGCCUCCCGUCCCUCCCACUUCCCACUCGUCCUCUGCCCCAUCCGCCGCCCGCGCCACCCCCGACCACUCGUCGCAGCCGUCGCAAGCGCCUGCUGCGCGCAGCGACGGCCGCGGCGACGGCGACGGCGAUGGGCCCGGUGUGGCGAGCUGGGGUCCGCCGCCGGCGCCGGACGCGGUGACGUACAACACGAUGCUGAGCGCGGGGCUGGCGGGCGCUGGCACGGCGGGUAGGGGGAGGGCCAAGGGGCGGGGGAGAGGCAAAGGCGCAGGCAGCAGGGGGGGAGGGGCCAGCAGCGGCGGAAGCGUCAGCAGCGGCGGUCGGCAGGCGCUGGCGCUGUACGGCGAGAUGAAGGCGAGCGGCGUGCGCCCCACGGCGCGCACGUUCAACAUCCUCGUCGCGCUGCUCGGCCACCACGGGCUCGUCGCCCAGGUGAGCCUCGUCGCCCAGGUGAGCCUCGUCGCCCAGGUGAGCCUCGUCGCCCAGGUGAGCCUCGUCGCCCAGGUGAGCCUCGUCGCCCAGCUGAGCCUCGUCGCCCAGGUGAGCCUCGUCGCCCAGGUGAGCCUCGUCGCCCAGGUGAGCCUCGUCGCCCAGGUGAGCCUCGUCGCCCAGGUGAGCCUCGUCGCCCAGGUGAGCCUCGUCGCCCAGGUGAGCCUCGUCGCGCAGGUGAGCCUCGUCGCCCAGGUGAGCCUCGUCGCCCAGGUGAGCCUCGUCGCCCAGGUGAGCCUCGUCGCCCAGGUGAGCCUCGUCGCGCAGGUGAGCCUCGUCGCCCAGGUGAGCCUCGUCGCGCAGGUGAGCCUCGUCGCCCAGGUGAGCCUCGUCGCGCAGGUGAGCCUCGUCGCCCAGGUGAGCCUCGUCGCCCAGGUGAGCCUCGUCGCCCAGGUGAGCCUCGUCGCCCAGGUGAGCCUCGUCGCGCAGGUGAGCCUCGUCGCCCAGGUGAGCCUCGUCGCCCAGGUGAGCCUCGUCGCCCAGGUGAGCCUCGUCGCCCAGGUGAGCCUCGUCGCCCAGGUGAGCCUCGUCGCCCAGGUGAGCCUCGUCGCCCAGCUGAGCCUCGUCGCCCAGGUGAGCCUCGUCGGCCAGGUGAGCCUCGUCGCCCAGGUGAGCCUCGUCGCCCAGGUGAGCCUCGUCGCCCAGGUGAGCCUCGUCGCCCAGGUGAGCCUCGUCGCCCAGGUGAGCCUCGUCGCGCAGGUGAGCCUCGUCGCCCAGGCGGAGGGGGUGGUGGCGGAGAUGAGGAGGGAGGGGGUGGAGGCGGAUGCGCACACAGUGAGCGCGGUGAUGACCAUGUACACGCGCGCGGACCGCCCUGACGACGCCAUCCGGGUAUGCAGACGCCAUGCCAUGCCCAGCACUCACACCGCACCUGCUCACUCCCCACGCUGCUCAUUCACAACCCACGACGCCACUCACACCAGCCGCGCCCACACCCCACGAGCCAUCCGGACGUACGAGAGGGCGGGGGCAGCGGGGGUGCGGCCCUCACAGGCCAUGUUCACGGCGCUCAUGGCGGCCCUCACAGCCGCCGGCCGCCCUGCAGACGCCGCCGCCGCCUUUGACGCCAUGCUGCAGGCGGGCCUCACUGCUGACGUGGCGGCGUGCGGGGCGCUGCUGAGGGCGCUGGCGGAGGCGGGGGAGGCGGAGCAGGCGGAGGAGGAGCUGCAGGCGAUGCAGGUGCGGCACGGCGUGCAGCCCAACGCCAUCGCGUACUCUGCUGUCGUCAUGGCCUACGGCAGGCAGGGCAUGUGGGAGGAGGCGGCACGGGUGUUUGAGGGGAUGCUGAGUGCGGGGUGUGAGGCGGACCUGCAGGCGUUCAACAUCCUCAUGGCGGCCUACGGGCUGCAGGGCCUCUCCCUGCCCGCCGCGCAGCUCUUCCGGCGCCUGCAGGCGCACGGGCUGCGCCCCGACGCCGUCACGUACAACACGCUCAUCCACGCCCUCUCCAAGGCCGGCCUGCCCGGCGCGGCCCUGCGUGCGCUGGAGCACAUGCGGCAGGGCGGGUGUGAGCCCGACCACGUGACGCGCUGCCUGGUGGCGCGCAUCCUGCACGAGGCCGGCCGCCACACCGACGCCGAACACAUGCUGCGCCCGCCCCCCCCACCCCUUGCUGUGCCCUCACAGCGGUAG